UAAAAUGCAAUACUACAAAUAAGGUAGAACAAAAACAUACAAUAUAAAAUAAAAACACGAUAAAGUAAGCAUACCAUACCAUAUACAGGGUCAGUUCCAGAACAAUAUUUACAAUGUGUAGGGAUACUAGAUCAAUAGAGGUACAUACGUUUUUGGGAAAGGUGACUAGGCAUCAGGAUGUACACUCCAUGGCCAAAAGAAUGCGGACACCUGAUGGUCAAACAUUCCAAUUCAUCCCAAAGGUGUUUGAUGAGGUUGAGGUCAAGGCUCUGUGCAGGCCAGUCAAGUUCUUCCACACCGAUCUCGACAAACCAUUUCUGUAUGGACCUCGCUUUGUGCAUGAGGGCAUUCUCAUGCUGAAAUUAGGAAAGUGCCUUCCCCAAACUGUUGCCACAAAGUUGGAAGCACAGAAACAUCUAGAAUGUCAUGUAUGUUGUAGCGUUAAGAUUUCCCUUCACUGGAACUGAGGGGUCUAACCCAAACCAUUAUUCCUCCUCCACCAAAUGUUACAGUUGGCACUAUGCAUAGGGACAGAUUUGUCCAUCGGACUGCCAGAUGGUGAAGGGUGAUUUAUCACUCCAGAGAAAGUGUUUCCACUGCUCCAGAGUCCAAUGGUGGCAAGCCUUGCACCACUCCAGCCCACUCUUGGCAUUGCGCAUGGUGAUUUUAAGCUUGUGUGUGGCUGCUCGGCCAUGGAAACCCAUUUCAUGAAGCUCCCGACGAACAGUUCUUGUGCUAAAGUUGCUUCCAGAGAGAGUUUGGAACUCGGUAGUGAGUGUUGCAACCGAGGACAGAUGAUUUUUACGUUCUAUGCGCUUCAACAUUCGGCGGUUCCGUUCUGUGAGCUUGUGGCCUACCACUUUGCGGCUGAGCCAUUGUUGCUCCUAGACGUUUCCACUUCACAAUAACAGAAUAUACAGUUGACUGGGCAGUGCCAGCAGGGCAUACAUUUUACGAACUGACUUGUUGGAAAGGUGGCAUCCAAUGGAGGCUGAUGGCUCAUAAUAAUGGCUGGAAUGGAAUCAAACACUUGGAAACCAAAUGUUUGUCUAUGGAGAUUGUAUGGCUGCGUGCUCGAUUUUAUACACCUGUCAGCAAUGGGUGUGGCUGAAAUAGCCGAAUCUACUAAUUUGAAGGAGUGUCCACAUACUUUUGUAUAUAUAGUGUAUGAUAAACAGAGUAGCAGUAGCAUAUAUGAUGAUUGUAUGUGAGUAGUCAGUAGAAAUGUAUGUGCAUAUUAUGUGUGUGUGAGCAAAUGAUGGUGUUAGUGUGUUGGAGUAUCCAUGUGCUUAGUUUGUAGGGCCCUGUGAGUGUGCAUAGAGACUGUGCAAAAAAUAAUAUAAAAAAAAAAAAAUGUAGGGCUUCGUGGCAUUGUGACCAUCUCCAUUUUGAAGUAGUCCAUUUUCUUCUUACUACUUCUUACUACUAUGAGUUGGUUAACAAACAAGAUUGUGCUUACUGCCACCUGGACUUUGUUGUUUGAAAAAGUAUAAAGCCACUGUUGGUCAUUUACUGCUACUUGCAGUUAUGGAAUGUUUGCUCACAAGUAUAAUUCAUUGGCGGAUCCCUCCUGAUGACCUGGAUGGAAUUAUGUGAUCCUUCCCUAACCCAUAGGAAGUCUCACUCGGUUGACUUAGUUCAAAAUGGGGAAAGUCCUCAAUGACGUUGCUCGUGCAUAAAUUCGCUUUUGGGCACUAGAGUCCUCUAUACAUCUCUAUGGGGACGACACAAACCUUGGACUCGGCCUGUGGUUGUUAGGUCAGGUGGUAGAGAAAGGAAGAUAAUUCCUCCAUUAUCUCUGUUUAGGAUAUCGCCGCUAUGCAGAAACUGUUCAAAGUUUUGUUUAUACGCGCGCUGCGUGGUUUUACAUCCGUAAACAAGGAAACUGCACCUCCCCCUAAUUGACGUAGAGUGCGGAAGCAAAUUCAGAACUCAAAACUGAAGCGGCAAAGGCAAAGAAUAUACUUUUACCGGUCUCACUUGAAGGAAGUAUGGCGACAGGGGGGACCUCCUCUUCCAGUGGGGAGGGCUUCCUCUCAAGAAUGGCCCUCAAUGACAACAAGGCUGGAAUGGAGGGCCUUAACAGGGACAAGAUUAACAAGAUCAUCAUGGAGUCCUCCAAGGGCUCCAGGUUCUAUGAGAACGAGCUGAAGAAGGAACAGCAGGUGAACCAGCGCAUUGAGAGGAUGAUGUUGCAGAAAGCACACAUCACUGAGCAACAGCUGAGCAAAGCGCAAGCACAGGUGGAGAAAAUGACCUCUGACCUGGAGAGGGGGCGUGACCUGAGCCGUGUGAUUGUGCAUGUGGAUAUGGAUGCCUUCUAUGCUGCGGUGGAGACGAGAGACUGUCCUGACCUGAUGGACAAACCCAUGGCCGUGGGCUCCAUGAGCAUGUUGUCAACAUCCAACUACCAUGCCAGGAAGUUUGGGGUUCGUGCCGCCAUGCCUGGCUUCAUCGCAAAGAAGCUCUGCCCAAACCUGGUUAUUGUUCCAACCAACUUUGACAAAUACAGAGCAGUGAGCGCUGAAGUUCGGGAGAUCUUUGCAGACUAUGACCCUCACUUCCUGCCCAUGAGUCUCGAUGAAGCAUACCUGGACAUCACUGACCACCUUGAGCAGAGGAGAGGCUGGCCAGAGGCCCUCCGUACCCACCGUCUCUACACCAACAACACUGGGACAGCUAGAGUUGAGGACCAUGGUGGCCUACAGGAGACAGUAGAGGUAGAGGGUUUGUCUCCUGUCCUGUUUGAGAACAGCCCCAGCUCCUCCCCCUGUCUGCAGGAGGCUGCUGGGGGAGAGGUGGAAGUGUUUGGGACCUGUGCCGAGGAGGCGGUAAGAGAGAUGCGCUUCCGCAUCGAGCAGAAGACCUCACUAACUGCCAGCGCAGGCAUUGCCCCAAACAUGAUGCUGGCCAAGGUUUGUAGUGAUAAGAACAAACCCAACGGCCAGUACAGACUCCCCUCUAACCGACAGGCUGUCAUAGACUUCAUACAGGACCUGCCAGUCCGGAAGAUCUCAGGCAUUGGGAAGGUGACAGAGAAGAUGCUGGGAGCUCUAGGUAUCACCAGCUGUUCCCAUCUUGGCCAGGAGAUGGCGCUGCUGGCCCUGCUGUUCUCUGAGGCGUCUUGGCAUAACUUCCUCCACAUCUUCAUGGGCCUGGGCUCCACACACAUCGAGAGGGACGGAGAGAGAAAAAGCAUGAGUACAGAGAGGACUUUUGGAGAGAUGGGUGCAUUAGAGGAGCAGUUCUCGCUGUGCAAGGAGCUGUGCCAAGACCUGGCUCAGGACCUGCAGAAGGAGGCGCUCAAGGGCAAGACGGUGACGUUGAAGCUGAAAAAUGUUAACUUUGAGGUGAAAACCAGAGCGUGGACGUUGCCGUGUGCUGUUGCUACGACGGAAGAGCUCUUUGCUGUCGCUAAGGACUUGCUGAAGACUGAGAUCGACAACGUCAGCCCCCAGCCACUGAGACUGAGGCUUAUGGGCGUUCGGGUUUCCAGUUUUGCCAGUGCUGACGACAAGAAACCCCUGCAGAAGAGCAUUGUGGGAUUUCUCCAUAAAAAACAGACUGACUCUAGUAGCACCUCCCAGAUCUCCUCCCACAAGCCUGUGAAAGAGCAUCCACCUAGGCCUCCAGGCCAGACUCAGCCCUCUGCCUGCCCUUCCAUGGUACAGCAGAGACAGGGGCAAGAGGGUCACGCCUCGGUACCCAGCUGGGGAGGGGUGGAGGUGGGUGGGACUGGGGAGAACCAGCAGUCCUUCUUGCAGAGAGCUCACGCCCAGAGGCUGCGACUGCAAGCUGAGAGAGAGGACCCACCAGAGAAGGGAGAUUGUAAUGGCUUCGAGACCAGACGGGGCCCAACCUCAUCGACCACCACCCCCGAAGGGACACAGACACACACUCCGAAGAAUACAAAUAUAUCAGCAGAGACAGACAUCUCUAUGAGUGCAUUGACAGCUUCGGACAAAAUGACACAUGAACCUUCAGCCCAUGCAUCUACUUCAUCAUGCUGUUCAACAGAGCCAGAGUCAGGGACAGACAGUCUCACCUGCCCUGUAUGCUUCAGGGAGGUGAACACCACAGAGCUGACAGUCUUCAACAGACACAUUGACCAGUGUCUCAGUGGGGUUACUAUGGGGCAAAACAACCACACAGACACAGAGCUAGAGAGAGGCCCCUGUGUCUGUGAGGAGGUGGAGAAAGAGAUAACUGGAGGGAAGAGGGAGGAGGGGCCGAUGGAGAAAGGUAGUAAGCUGCUCAGUAGGUGCGUGUUUGACUCAGUGGGCCUUCAAUUAGACUCAAGUGCAGGUGAUCAUACGGAGUCCACUACAGGUUUACUUCUAUAUGAGACGAGUACAGCUAAUAUUUCACUAAGCACUGUGGGCCUGAACCCUGUCUGCCUUAACACUUGUCCAAAUGGAGAUGUAUCUAUACAUAGAGCUAACACCCUGAAGGUUUCAUCUCAAAGUGACCCUCAUGUUCGGGUUUGUCUGUUGUCCCCCGGUGGACCUCGGCCAAUGACUACGCCCAAGCCCGAAUCACGUGACCACAGAGGCCCCGCCCUCACCUGUCCAGUGUGUCAGGAGACCCAGGACACCAAUGACCUCACCCUUUUUAACCGACACGUAGACCUCUGUCUGAACCAGGAAGUCCUGCAUGAGCUUGGGGGACUGGCAUCUGUGGACCGCACCACCCACACCGCACCACCUGCUGCCCACAAAGAGCGAGAGCAGCCCCUGCAGAGAGCGCCACAGAAAGGCAAGAGCAAAAGGAGAGGCUUGUCUCCCCCACCCCCCUCUAAGAAGGCCAAAGCCCUGGGCCCAGCUUGGAACACUAUUGACAAGUUCUUCAGGUGAUGCAGCUUAGGUGACAUCACACACUACUCCCAGACGAUCCUGUGUAUGAAGUAUUAUGCUCAGACAGUGAUAAUGACUGACCUCACUAGCAACCAUCCCUACCUACCUAGUACUUCUUGGAUUGCUGGGAAUUUGGAUUGCUCACUCAAGCAUUGAAGAUGCACUUCUUUCAAAAUAAAUACAUUUUUAUCUCUUGUGCAGUUUAAAAAAAAGUCAUAAUGGUCAUAAGUUAGCAGGCAGAACCUUUGCAGGGGUUUUAGUGAAGGUCGUUGAUGCAAACCAGUACCAGUAUGAGAUGGUGUAUUUUUGCAUAAGAUAACUUAAAUAUAGGCAAUGUAUAAAAAAUAAAAAUAAAUUAAUAUUAUUGUAUUCAAAUUUCAUAGGCUAUUUUUCUUACGGAAAAUAAAACUUGCCACCACUGUAAAUGUGGCUCAAUUAA